AUGCAAUCGCAGCAUGCCAGAUUCACAGCCCGGCCGCGGCCGCAGUGCUUGCGGUUUCGCACGCCCGCGCGCCGGCCCGCGGCUUCGUCGCCUGGUGCCCGCCGCUUUGCUGACGCCUGGUCCUGGUGUGACGUGGCGCCGCAGGCUGGGGACACGCUGGUUCGCAACACGCUGCGCAAUGGCACCAAGAUUCGCGACAUUGAGAAGGACGCCGCGGCGCGCGGGAUCUACACUUCGUUCUGCGGGUACUUCCACGUGAUCCCCCAGGAGCACAAGCUGACCGGCAACCAGUUUUGGUACUCAGACGUCCCGGGCCGCUACGCCCAGUGGCAGCAGCGCGGCGUCAAGGCCACUGUCCAGUCGCUGGCCACGCUGCCCACUGCGUGGCUCACCGCAUACAACGACUACUUUGCUGAGAACGGCUGGGAGGACGCCCCCGCGCCAGGCACCGCGAAGGAGCGCGCCUUUGCCCCCGCCGCCGGCCGCGGCGCGGCCGCGGCGGCGGCGGACGAUGGGGGGCGCCGGGCACCGCAUUGGUACUCGGUGCGGCCGCCCCUAGUGCUGGCGGCUUGA